CCAAUGGAAACCAAGGGCUGAAAAUAGCGGCGCUUCGUGACUUGUGUCCAAUGGGCUCCGGCGCACCGCCCACUCUAGGACUGGCCGUGGCUUGUAGGCGGGAUCUCUUCGAAGCGGAUUUCGCGCGCUCAGAGCACCGGCCUCCUAUUGGUUGUUGUUUUCCUCUCUUUGUGGGCGCUCCCUACGUCACCUAGGUCAGGGUUUGGGCGGAGCUUCUGAGUGACGUGAGGUUCUCUGCAACCAAUCAUAGAAGGGGACGCGAGGCCGAGGAGGAAGCGGAAUCCGCAGCCUAGCGCCCGCUUCGUCUCCCUCCGCCGCGGUCCGGGCCUAAGCGGGAGCGGCGGGGCGGGCGGCAGCGGGUGUCCCGGGACGGCGGCAGAGGCGGAGGGAGACACGGGGGGCCCGGCGGUCGCCAGGCAGGGGCCGCAGCGGCAGAGGAGCCCGCGGGCGGGGCAGCCGAGUUCCCGGAGGCCCCGCCUGAGCGCGCGCGGAGGAGCCUGAAAGCAGGAUGGCGGCGUCGGCCCUGUAUGCCUGCACCAAGUGCACGCAGCGCUACCCCUUCGAGGAGCUGUCGCAAGGCCAACAGCUCUGCAAGGAAUGUCGGAUUGCACAUCCUAUUGUAAAAUGUACUUACUGCAGAUCAGAAUUUCAGCAGGAGAGCAAAACUAACACAAUUUGUAAGAAGUGUGCUCAAAAUGUCAAGCAAUUUGGAACACCCAAGCCUUGUCAAUACUGUAACAUAAUUGCAGCAUUUAUUGGUACCAAGUGUCAGCGUUGCACAAAUUCAGAAAAAAAAUAUGGACCACCUCAGACCUGUGAACAGUGCAAACAGCAAUGUGCUUUUGAUCGGAAGGAGGAAGGGAGAAGAAAAGUCGAUGGGAAGUUACUAUGCUGGCUGUGUACCUUAUCAUACAAGAGAGUUUUACAGAAGACAAAGGAACAGAGGAAGAGUUUGGGGUCUUCACAUUCCAAUUCUUCAUCUUCAUCUCUCACUGAGAAAGACCAGCACCAUUCAAAACACCACCACCACCACCAUCACCACCACCAUCGCCACAGCAGUGGCCACCACAAAAUCAGCAGUCUAAGUCCUGAGCAGGAGCAAGGACUGUGGAAACAGAGCCAUAAAUCCUCUGCAGCAAUUCAGAAUGAAACUCCAAAGAAAAAGCCCAAAUUGGAAUCUAAGCCAUCUAAUGGAGAUAGCUCUAUAAACCAGUCAGCAGAUAGUGGGGGAACAGACAAUUUUGUCCUCAUAAGUCAACUGAAGGAAGAGGUGAUGUCACUUAAGCGUCUCUUACAGCAAAGGGACCAGACCAUUCUAGAGAAAGAUAAAAAGUUAACUGAACUGAAGGCAGACUUUCAGUACCAAGAGUCAAAUUUGAGAACUAAGAUGAACAGUAUGGAAAAAGCUCACAAAGAAACUGUGGAACAACUUCAGGCCAAAAACAGAGAACUACUCAAACAGGUUGCAGCCUUGUCAAAGGGUAAAAAGUUUGACAAGAGUGGAAGCGUGCUAACGUCUCCUUGAAAAGGUCACUUGUUUAGCAUUUCUGCUUGACAGUGUAUAUUUGAAGGGUCCGGGGAAGCCCUUAAAUUCUGUGCAGUGGAAACAUAUUUUUACAUACCAAGGAAAUUGGUGUGUUUCUUACUCACUUUUGUAAUUGACACACAACAUUUUUUAAGUUGUAAACAUGCAGAUAAAACUUCAGCUGGUUUGGAGUGACUUCUUAAUUCUUUGAUACCUAGAACUUUUUUCUAGCAAUAGUAUUAAAGGUUGUGGCGUGCACGUGUGUGCACUGUAUAAAAUGCAACAUGCAAUAAUGGAGCGGUUGGAAGAACAGCAGCAGGGGUUUUGUGUUUUGCUUUUGUUUAACACUAUGCUGAUUUCAGAUAAAUAGUUUUCAAUUUAGAAAUGCAAAACUUUUAAACAAGGAAAAUGGUGAACACUGGUUUUUUGGGAAUUGUAUUUUUACUUCGCAUCAACAUAAAUUUAGAGAAUCAUGGUGCUUUUAUUAAAAGAGCUUCAGAGUAUAUGUAAAUAUGUUUUUAAAAGUUACAUCACUAACAGUUUAGUAAUAUGACAUUUCAUUACUGUUAUAGGAUUGAUGUUUACUGUACAGCAUCCAAGGUAAAAUGUGGUUUUGUUUUGUAAAAACUGUAGAUUUUUACUUACAAGUGCCUUUUUGCCACCUAAUGUUUUUAUUUAUAGGACUGCUGAUCUUUUGUACAUAUGGUUUGUUUAAAAAUCAUGUUAAUAAGUGUUUGUAUAUAAGUGCAUAUGUACAGAACCCAAUUUCAAAAAGAAAUCAAUUGUUAGUAACAUGCAAGAUUGCAUAUUAAGAAUUAACUGAUAAUGCAUAUAGACUUAAGUGAUUUUAUGGUUUGUUUCUGUAUCAUAAAAGCUGUUGGUCAUUGAGUUCAUUUAAUUAUGUUGAAAUACUUUCCUAAAGAUUUAAUUUUAACUCCAUUUUGAUAGAGUGAUUUUAUUUUUAUGUUGUGUGGCUUCAUGUUUAUAUUUUGUGAGUUACAUGUUUUGCUUUAUUUUUAUAUAAAAUUUCUUUAAAAUUUAUAAUGUUUCUAUAACGGUCCAUAUAUCUGCUUUUUUUAUAAUGUGUUGCUAAGUUAAUAUUUAUGUACACCAUACUUUGUAAAUUUAAUACAAAUCUGGAAAAUUAAAUAACUUUAUAAUCAAAUCAGUGCUAUGUCUGAAUAAUUGAAAUCUGUAAGAUUCAGACAUUAUUUAUAAGUAAUUUGUCUCAAAGUAUAAAAUUGUCUAUAAAAGGGUACAAUAGUAUGGAAUAGAGGCUGUGAAAUUGCGAAUUAGCUUCUGAACUCUAGUGGUUUUCAGCCAGUAACUGAAACUGAUCUUUAAUGUUAGUUCUGGUUUCAAGGUGAAUUUUAAAACUAAAGGCAUUGCUAGGAACAACAUAUGGUUUCUUUCUCUUAGAAAUGUGCAGUUAAACUUCUUUGAAUCAGUUCUGAAGGUUUUGUUUUUAGAUGAAUGUUUUAGUAAAUGUUUAUAGUGGUCUUCAUAUCAAAGAUUAGUGUUCUUAAGCAUACAUAAUUAUAACAAUUCUUUUUAAAUUAUCGAAGUUUUAGUAAACUUCCCACAGUUGUUUACUACAAGUGAAAGCAAAUCUACCAAUUUGCAAACGUGUAAUUUUCAAGUAACAGUAAGAUUGAAUUAGUCAGAUUUGGAAAAAGUAAGACAGUCUAUUGUUAUGAGGCCCUCACAAAUAAUGUUAAUUUACUGUUCUCCAUCAUAGUAGAUAAUGCCUUAAUGUGGAUGCUAAUGUUUGGAGGAUUUCCUGCAUCCAUAAAGUAAUCAUUACUUUGCUUUAAAUUUUGUAAUUAUUUAUAUUAGUUUCCUGGCCAUGUUUCAAUCCACAGUAGUCACAGUUCUAAAUGAACUACAGUAGUUCUUAUAUCUUGUUGGAGACAAUAGAAACAGAAUCUCCUCUCCCCCCUUUAGCUAACAUGGAAAUUGAGUCAGUUUAAAAACAGGGAAGCUUUGUAAAGUGCAAGGCUGAGACCUAAACUUAGGGGCUUCCAGUAUUCAGUCCUAAUUAGACAAACUCUUUAUUCCAUGACCUUAUUUUAUAACUUAAUUUUUUUUGCAAUUGUAAAAUUAGUAAUUGAGUCCCAAGCGCAGAUACGUAGUGUGUUGACCUAAUGAGUUGAUACCCUUUAAAUGUGGACCUGUCCAGAAAUACUAUGGUGUGCUGUAUUGUGCUUUUAGCCUGUUUGCUGCAGUUAGCAUACUCCAGUGAGGGUCAUUUGGGCUCCAGUUUAUCAUGUAUUAAUAGCCUGUGAAUAUUACAGUCAUCUUUAGAGUGUAUUGGUCUAAAUAUGCAUUUUACAAUGAACCUGUAAUGCUGGUCACAUGUAUAAAUUAACAAAAUACUGUACCUGUACACAUCUGACUGUUGACAUUUUGUACUUUUUUUCUAAACCCAAUAUUUCACAAUAAAAAUAUGCCAAAA